CCACACCGAAAGCAACGGCAUGGCGCGGCGUCGCCUUGCGUCGCCUUGCGUCGCCUUGCGUCGCCUCUAGAGUGCCAACGAGAGAGAGAGUGCGGCGGCAAGCUUGAGUCUGAGUCAGUCAGUAGAGCAAAGACAGCGGCGCCGUCCUCGCGGUCCUCACGGUCCUCGCCAUGCCGCACUCCCUCCCGCUGGUGGCAGGGCUGCUCCUGGCCCUGGCCGCCGGCCGCGGACACGCAGCCUCCAACAAGAGCGAUGGCGUCGACAUUGAGCACCUCAGCAAGGAGGUGGUGUUCCAGCUGUUCACCAGACACAACACCGGCAAGCCGCACAUUCUGGACGUGAGGCAGCCCGAGCUGCUGGAGAAUUCACCCUUCAACCCCCUGGUGCCGACCAAGGUCAUCGUGCACGGCUGGCUGUCGGGGCAGAAGAGGGAGAAGGGCGCUGGCGGCCCUCUGCUCAAGGACGCCAUCCUGGAGGUGUCGGACUACAACGUGAUCCUGGUGGACUGGUCCGGCGCCGACUCCAUCAACUACGUGGCGGCCCGACUGCGGGUGUCGUCGGUGGGCACACUGGUGGGCCGCCUGCUGGACCAGCUGGUGUGGACGGGCGGCAUGGACACGCACGACGUGCACCUCGUGGGCCACUCCCUGGGCGCGCACAUCAUGGGCUUCGCGGCGCGCAACGCGGGGCUCGGUGACACGGGCCGCAUCACAGCGCUGGACCCGGCCGGGCCGCUGUUCACCAGCAACGUGGACGAGCGGCUGGACAAGUCGGACGCCGGCUUUGUGGACGUGAUCCACACGUGCGCCGGCUACCUCGGCUACCACGCCGCCAUCGGCCACGCCGACUUCUACCCCAACGACGGCACCUGGGUGCAGCCCGGCUGCGGCCUCGACUUCGGGGCGUGCAGCCACUGCAGGAGCUACUCGCUGCUGCUGGAGUCCAUCGAGUCGCCCGACGCCUUCGUGGCCACAGCCUGCGACUCGUGGGCCCACUACAAGAAGGGCGCGUGCCAAGGCAACGCCACGGCCGUCAUGGGCUUCGGCCUCGACCGCAGGGCCCGUGGCUCCUUCUACGUCGCGACCAACAGGCAGCCACCGUAUUCGACCACGGCAAACGUGCCCGCCAGCGACAGACUCAAGUUGACAAAGAACUUCCAGCACUGUUAAACAGAAACCAUGCACACUAAUUUUUUGGUAUGAAGUCUCACUCAAUUUUGAACACGAAAAAUUCGUUAACGUGGUGCUGCGCUCUUCAUGCGUGCAAUUUUGUUCGAUAAAUUAAAAACGCUCAAAAUUGAAUGAAAUUUUCGUGCACAUUGUAGAAUUAGCGCGAACGCGCCUGUCAUGCAAAGUCUGAAUAAACUGCACAUGCCGGUGAUUUAAGCUGGCAUUGUCUGUCUGUGGCAUUCGA